UAGCAACAUCAAUCCUCCGUACUGUCACCUCAAUUCUUAUCCUCCCCACUGAAACUUAGGAGUCGCGUGUCGUCGAGUCAACCUUAACUUGCGACACGGCGGGAAAAAAAAAAAAAUUUAUAUACAUUCAUCAAUUGUUCAUUCUCUCUUUUCCCACUAGAAAACCUUACUGAUUAUAUGUUGCGAGGCUUGAGCGCUUGGGAAUCUAAUAAAAGCCUUAUAUCAAAUGUUAUCCGGUUCGAACGUUGUACUUUCCAUCGAAUACGAUUAAAUCUGUAGGAGUCUUCGGAGGAGCUAUUGUAUCCUCCGCGCUUCUAUGAUCUCCCCACCGGCAUCCCUUAAAUCGACGUAAACGAGUUCGAGUUAUACGAUGUCUGACAAUAAUGGCGCGGACUCUACGCCAUCCCUUUCGAGAGAUAGUGCCUCCGACAUAAGCGACACCGAGUCCGGAAGUUCAUAUAUCGGGAGUGCCGCGCCAGAUACACCCGCCUGUCCUUAUCAGAACGCCGAGUUCUUCGGGCAAGAGUGCUCUCGAUACCACGACUGUCCGACACAUCUGGCCGAAAGAAAUACAGACGAGAAUAUUGGGAAUUUCGAGGCGUCUGUACCAAUCGAAACUACAUCAUCGCAAGCUCAAGACUCGGCGGCAAAUGGGGCGAUUACAGAAAACUUGGAUGUCGGGUUAGAUGGGGCAAGCACAUCAGCGCCAGAACAAGCUUUAGCUUCGGGUACACAACUAAUACAGCCCGAAGCCAAUAGUUCCUCGUCAGGAGAAGGUUCAACAUCGCAAGUAGUAUCACGUGCAGAGGCGGGUCCCGUCACGCAGGAGGAGGGAAUUACUCUUAGAGAAGCUUUGGAUCAAACUGCCGAAUCGCUUAGGGGAUUAUCUGCUGGGCUUGGCGUGCCCUCUCGCUCUAGCCAAAGUUCAAGAUCACAACUGAGGGAUACAAGCCAAGGUGCUGGAGAAGCUCCGGAGACGGUGUCAGAACUCCGGCCGUCUUCGAGAUUGAACCCGAUAGCACCACCAUUUUCACCACGGCCGGAAAGGAGAGCCCCACAAGAACUAAGUCUUCCGAGAUGGCAACCGGAUAGUGAGGCGACCUUCUGUCCAAUAUGCCGUACCCAAUUUAGCUUUUUUGUUAGGAAGCACCAUUGCCGGAAAUGCGGUAGGGUUGUAUGUAAUUCAUGCUCUCCGCAUAGGAUCACUAUACCACAUCAAUAUAUUGUACGGCCGCCUGGCGAACGGAGUCUACAUCCAUAUUCAUUUCUCGGAGAUGAAGGCCGUCUUACCGACUUUAGUGAUCUCGGAGGUGGUGAACAGGUCCGGCUUUGCAAUCCCUGUGUCCCGGAUCCGAAUACUACACCACCUCAAACUCAGCACUCGCCAAGUCCAUUCUCUCCGAGGGCAGCACACCAACGAUCCCAAAGUAGUUCUAGUACUCACUAUAAUGGUGAUAGUGGUGUUCAUCACUACCCACCAUACUUAGUGCCGCCGAAUCCAACGCCUGACGCUUACGCUAGAAGCCGAAGCGUCACUAUGAAUUCCAGUGCGGGCUCAUCGAGGAUUGCUCAUAGUACUUACUUGCCUCCUCAGAGCCGGAUCAUAACCGGGACUCCCCCAACCUAUUACCCGUCGCCAUAUUCGGGCAACUCGGGAUAUCGUCAUCCCUCUCUCUUAGGCCACCGCUUCCCCGGUGCUUCCCUCGUUGAUCUGGCUGGCCCGUCUUCUUCGUCCUCGGCAGCAGCAAUGAAUCGCCCAUUACCACCCCCACCACAAAUCCCCGAAGAAGACGAGUGUCCAAUAUGUCAUCGUGAGCUACCCUCUAGGGAUUUACCUAAUUUCGAAGCUCGCAGAGAGUCGCACAUAGAUUCAUGUAUAAUGGCCCAUAGCGCUUAUAACCCGCCGCCUGAUGCCAUGGGGAGACCUGUCGGCCGCGGGACAUCCGGAACAACUGCACCUCGAUACUUUCGCAGGACAGGUAUGUUUCCGUAUUUGGCAACGGAAAAAGAUUGCGUUGACUCUGCGGAAUGCACAAUUUGCCUCGAAGAAUUCGAAGUGGGCGUUCCGAUGGCUCGUUUGGAAUGCUUAUGUCGGUUCCAUCGAUCUUGUAUCACCGAAUGGUUCGUCGACCAUCCCGGCCGAUGCCCGGUACAUCAACACGAUACUUUUGGUUUUUGAGUGGACCAUUUAGAGCAAUGAUAGCUUCUUUCCCAUUCACAUACCUCUACUACCCCUCCACUUAUCAGACAGUCUCGUCUCAUUUGUUACGAUUGCAUCAAUUCCUUGCUUUAGGGAUUAUAACGGAAGCCUUGGUUAGGUAUAAUCAUCUCGGGCAAUAGGGGUUCGGUGGCGUAGCAUUGCUUCACACUCUUUACAAGUAUGCAUUUUAUUGCUAAUCAGGUCCAGCGUCGGGACUUAGCAAAGGUCCCCUCUCUUCCCUAGAUGCAUGUGGCCUUACGUCACUACAACGGUUUGGAGUUUGGCGCGCGGCUGAGUCGUUUUAGCGGUUUUGAAUAGAUAGGUAUAUACCAUUGAACCAUUUUCGUUACAAGUUUAAAAUAUU